CCGGAGGACCGACCCAAAACCGCCUUUGCCCUGUUUGAGGGCACGUGGCAAUUGGUUCGGUGUCCCAUGGGAAUUUGUAAUGCCCCUGCAACGUUUCAGCGGGCCAUGAAUAUGACCUUCGCUGAGUUCGUUAACAAAACCCGACUGACCCAGCCCCUGAUCAAUUUCUGCGUGAUUGUGUACAUGGAUGAUAUUCUGGUCUUUUCAAAAACCAACGAGUAUCACGUGGAACACAUUGAGUGGGUUUUGCAUGCACUGAAAGAUGCGGGGUUCAAAGUGGCCUUGGAGAAAAGCGAGUUCUUCUUGUCGGAGAUCUCAUUCUUGGGGUAUAUUGUCACGGUCGACGGACUAAAACCGGAUCCGAGGAAGGUGGCAGCAGUUCAAGACGCCCCGGCGCCGGUCACACUUACCCAGGUUCGGGCUUUUCUAGGGCUGGCAUCCUAUUACCGACGCUUCAUCAAGGGGUUCGCCGGCAUAGCGAAGCCCCUCAUGAACCUGCUGAAGAAAGAGGAACAGCUGAUCUGGACGCCAGAAUGCGAAGCGGCGUUGAAGGAGGCUCUGACAUCUGCUCUUGUGUUGGCGCGCCCCGACCCGACAAGACCAUUCGCAUUGUACACAGACUGGCAGCCUCAGGCGAUAUCGGCGAUGCUGACUCAGCACGACAAGGACGGAAGGAAGCACGUCAUUGAGUAUGCGUCCAAGACGCUGAGCCAGGCGCAGGCUAAUUACGAAGCGUGCAAAGGUGAAUGCCUGGCGGUGGUGUGGGGGAUUCAGCAUUUCCGACCGUAUCUGUACGGCCAGAAAUUCGUGAUGGUUACAGAUCAUCAGCCGCUGUUGUCCCUACGCAACAACAUGGACUACACGGGGACGCUGGGCAGGUGGGCGGUGCGUCUGCAAGACUAUGACUUCGACAUCCGCCACCGUGCCACGCGGCAGCAUGGUAACGCUGAUGGAUUAACGCGCCUUCUGCCGCCCAACAAGUGUCCCGCCAACGAGCGACUCAUUCCGUGGAGGCCAGAAGUCGCGGCGACGAAACCGCACUACGGGGAGCUACACGAGCAUGAACUGCUUGAGCACUUCCAGCCGCCCAUCUCGGACGCUCUUCUCCGGAACCGGUUCAACGACGAUCGGCAGCUGCGCUCCGACAUUCAGCAGGUGAACGUGCCGGCACCCAGCGUUGCCGACUUGGCGGUGUACUCGCUCCUCGCGCAGCGGGUGACGUACGCGGGUGUCUAUGUGGACAUAUCGCCCGUGCCUGGCCACGAAUCCACGCGAGUGUUCAUCGAGUUCCGAGCCAUCCAGGUGGCAACGAACUUUGUGCACAGCGUCGCUACUCUCACCGGGGAUUUGACCGUCUUGCCCGGGCAUGAUCGGGAGUCGACGUAUAGAUUCUUGCACGAUUACGCCCUUCAGGUGGCGACAUCGGUGGCGCAAGUGCAGGCUCGGGGCACUCAUCGCUUCUUUGCAUACGAAAGACUUCUGCGGCAGACUCCGGAGGGAGCACUUGCAUUGGUGCCGCAGCUUCCCGCGCUCCUUCCUCCCGCCGAGCCCCUCAACAUCCAAGUUCUCCCCUAUCCUAUGCGCAACUUUUCCGAGUACCUAGUGGAGCUGACGGACGUGGAGCAGUUGCCGCCCGCCGACGAGGACACGUGGGAGAUGCAUCGGGCGCUGUAUUCAUCGGUGGUGCUAGGCAUGUUCACAUUCUUCGUGGAGCACGAAGUUCAUAACGUCGGCGAAUUCCUCCAAGUGUACUACGUGAUCGCCAAGCCGAAGCCGGAGCGGAAGGAGGGAACAGUGGCGCUUUAUCCUUUUGGGAGGGUCAGAACGAAUCGCCCGGGGCUCUUACAGCUCAUUCACAUCGAGCUGCUGUCCAUUGCGCAGGUAAUCGCCACGGAAGAAGAAGACUUGCAGCUCAGACUACGGACCGCCUCAGCUUCGUGCAGAUCGUAUAACACGGCGGUGAUACCUGACUAUCUGGCGCGUGAAGGGGAGUCCGUGGUGGCAGAAGUCCAUCGCCGGAAGCUCAGGCCAGUCGAGUGGGGCCUGUCGAGGAGGUCGUCCAGCCUGCGCCGGUGCGCGAAGUCGAUCCGGUUCACGAGAGAAGAGCCACACUCGUCAUCGGGCCCCGACUGGGGAAGGACCACCCCGCCGAAGAGCCGCGGAGAUCCACAGGCCAUCCGGAGUCGACACCUCAGCGGCCCCGCCUCCUCGAUCUCAACAGCCAUGCAGCCGGGCCAUCAAGCGCAGGGGGGGGAUUGGGACGAGUUCCAUAUCCCGCAUCCAGACGCCCCCUCCUUGCAGGACCGUUCCAAUUUCGCCAACCCGCCCGGGAUACCUCGGUCAUUGACAUUAGCAGUUCCCCCGAGCCGGACGGUCCAUCAAACUGACGUGGAUCACAUGGUGGAACUGGCCACCCUCCGGCUUGAGGCCAUCGAGGGGGCGCCACGUCCCGAUCCGGCAUGGGAGGCGUUCUUGCAGCCUCCAUUCGAUGGAUGUAUAGCGGCGAGGUUGGUGGGUACACUCAUCUACAAGACCGGCGGCCGACCCAAUAUUAUGUACCAUAUCCUGGUCUUCGUGGCGGUUAAGCGGGAGCGGAGGCCGUACACGGAGACCCAUCUAGUGCUAACGGGUCCGCGAAAUCGGCCGCUACGACCACGAAUCAUUCGAGUGAUCGUCGAUCGCGCGCCACAGGUCCUCUCGCAUGUGCCGGGGGCUUUCCUUUACCCCUCCUUUGUCCAACACCACUUCAAUGAAGUGGAAGUGCCGGCCAACUUGGUCGCGCUCGCGGCGUUUCUUCCUCCUCUUCCUCCCCCUCUCAAUCCGGAGAUUGAUUACUUCCUAUGAUCAUCUCCACCACCGCCUCUUUCUUUUUCUUCUUCUUUUCCGGAUCUAAAGCUCGCGCGAUGAU